AUGGUUCGAACAAAGGCUGAUAGUUGCGCAUCGAGUAGAAAAGUGAUAGCAGCACAAGCACCCAGGAAGAGUUUGGGAGGUGCAGGUUCAAGUUCAAGUAGUAAUGAUGGGGGAUCUCCAGCAGGAAAGGGCAAGUAUGGGGGUGGAAACCCGGUGUGUCAGCGGCCCACUCCAGAAUGGCAAAAAGGAAUCUCUACAUUUUUGACUAAGCCAGAUUCAUCUCAGUCCUCGUCAAAGUCUUCACAAGAUAAUGCUGAGCCUGGCCCAUCAUCACAAGAAGGAUCUUCCUCUGGUUCAUCACAAGGGUCUUCUGCUGGCUCAUCAUCACAGGGUGCUUCUUCUGACUGCGGAUCCUCAAAGAGCUGA